AUGGAAAGCGCGAAACAGCAGCCUCCGACGCGACAAGAGAGCGGCAGAGUCGACGAAGGCGUGUUGAAUCCCGCUCCCUCUAAACAACCGUCCAACUCGCGCAGUGACUCUGUGCUGCCCACCCACCACAACCAUGGACUUCGACAAGGCCUGUUUCGCAUUAACACGGCGGGAGAGAGUGGAAGAAGUGGAAUUCAUCCGGUUCAUCUUCUAAAAGUGUGCUUCAUGAGUACUUGCACGCUAUCAAUGCUGGUCAACGUCCUGUGGCCCUUUGUACCGGCGGCUAUCACGAUUUACUUUGCUCGCCCGGAUCUUCAUGUCUGGAUCUUUACUCUCAACUACAUUGCCAUGGUUCCUUCGGCUAACUUGCUGGGAUUUGCGGGCGGAGAACUGGCAAAGAAGCUUCCCAAGGUGUUUGGCGUGCUGCUGGAGACCACGCUGACCUCGGUGGUCGAAAUCGUUCUCUUCAUGGUUCUAAUCCACAAUGAUGAGGGUGGGAACCUUAUACCGGUCAUCCAAGCCGCGAUCUUAGGGUCCAUCUUGGCGAACCUCUUGCUUUGCUUGGGCCUGUGCUUCUUUUUUGGGGGAAUUGGCCGCGAACACCAGUCUUUCCAUGAAGCCGUGAGCGAGGUGGGCACGGGGCUCUUGCUUGUUGCUGGCUUCGGGCUCUUGAUCCCGAGUGCCUUUAACGCGGCAUUGAGCGGGGGCUCGUCAAAUGCAGAGAUCACCCCCGAGGAGUUGAUGCACUCCACCCUGGUCAUCAGCAGGUCUACAUCGAUCGUCCUUCUGGUCGCAUUUGUGAUGUACUUGUUCUACAACCUGCACAGCCAUCACAGUAUAUUUGACGAAGUGCUUGAGUUUGAUGAGCAUCGCGACGAAGAUCGAGAAAAAGAACGCAAUCGUGCGAAGCUCACAUUGACCGAGUGCUUUUUGGCCAUAGUGAUAUCGCUUGUUUGUGUCUGCCUGUCGGCGGUGUUCCUGGUCCAGGAGAUCGAGAGUGUUGUCCAUGAAAGGCAUGUAUCGGACAGCUUCAUGGGUCUGAUUCUAGUACCCCUGGUCGAGAAGGCUGCGGAGCACUUGACCGCCAUCGAUGAAGCCUGGGACAACCAAAUCAAUUUCGCACUCUUUCACUGCCUUGGUCCCUCGAUCCAAACCGCCUUUCUCAACGCGCCGCUCGCGGUUCUAGUAGGCUGGGGCCUCGGCAAGGACAUGGACCUGAAUUUCGAAAUUUUCAUGAUUGUCCUCGUGGUGCUAUCUAUUCUAGUCGUGGGCAAUUUCUUGCGGGACGGCAAGUCAAAUUACCUCGAAGGAGGUCUCUGUGUCUUGAUAUACGUGAUUAUUGCCGUGUCCACUUGGUAUUAUCCCGCGGUCACACGGGAAGGUUCGGCCCAUUAG